AUGAAAUUAUCAUAUGCACUUUAUAAUCACUUAUCCUCAUUAAAAGUGUUUGAAACAAUCAAGCAAGCCAAUAAAAAUCCAAUCAUUUUAACAGAAUCAUAGCAAAACUUGAUUGAAAAUGGAAUUGCAGUAGGCAAGUUAGUUAAAUCUAUUCAUAAUUUAAAAUCAGAGAUUUCAUAAAGGUAUUAAACAUCCAUAUAUUGAGAACUCUUACUCCAAUAGCACAAUUAGAUUAACUAAAACAAUUAACCACGGCUUCCACCAAGUUAUACAACUGGAACAUAAUCAUAAGUGCAAUAAACCAAUUGCAAAUACCUAAUGACAUAAACAACGAUAUUAAAAAACUGAUAUUGAUGGGAGAUGUUUAAGUGAUUGAAGAUACUCUAAAUCAAUUGUUUGACUUCUAUCUAAAAUUGCAAUAAGCCAGAUUAAGCAAAUCUAAGACAUCACCAAAUCAGAGAAAUAGAAUUUUAUCUGAAUAGUAACCAUCAGGACAAGGUUAUAACCAUUUAAACCUUAGCUAAUCACAAGAGUAAAUUCAAAUCUCUGAUUCAAAUACUUUGGAAUACUUUACAUAGUUAUUGUCAAAAUGGUUAAAUCUCUAAUACAAACAGGUAUUAUCACUAUAUGCAGAAAACUUUAAAUUUUGGGCAUAGAUUGUUACAAAAGGAGUUCAAAGAGUUUAUGAACCAAUAAUUUCUAUUUAUAAGGAUGUCUUUUCAUCUGUAGAACACUUAUAAAAUUUGAUUGCCAUGGAAAAGGACAAGGCAUUAGCUUUUUCAUUAAAUCUCUUAAAACCAGGGUUGGUAUCUAAAUCGCCAGAAGUAUGCAUCGAAACUAUAAAAACCCUUGGAAAUUUUGCUAUAUAAGCCUAUAAUAAUAAGAUUUCAUAUAAGGAGGAUAUUUAUAAGUGGUAUGUUGAAUCUUGUUUUUAAACAACACUUUUAUCAAUUAAAAGACAUCCUUAAUUAGUAGAUUCUUUGGUUGAUCUAAUGAUCUUAUUCUGUAAAUUUCACUUAGUUGAUCUUUUCACUUCAAUUCUGAAAUAACAUAGUGCAAAUAAUAUUGAAAUGUUAAUAAAUGUUGAGAAACUAUUUAAUUCACUUACACCUGACUACAUUUUGGAAAUUUAAUCUAUGGGUAUAAUGUAGCAAUGGUUAGAAUAAGCAUUGGAGAUUCUGGAGAACACUAAUACAUUAAAAUCUGAUGAGAAAAUAUCUAUUUUGAGACUUGUACAUAGCAUUUGGUUAAAAAAUCAAUAUCAAUAAUAUUAAGAAAGAGUGCAUAAUGCGUUUAAAGCAGCUACAUCAGAUCCUAGAGAAUGUGUUGCUAUAUUUUCAAUAUAGUUCUUAUUUUCUGCUUUAGAAUACUUUGGAAAAAAUAAAAUUCCAGAGGCUCCAAUAUUAUAUAAAAUGUAAUAAUCUAUUUAAGUGUAGAAUUGCCAUUUAGCUAAUUGAAUUAACAAAUGAAAAUCUUAUUCAUUUCAUAUUGUAGAAUCUCUUGAUAGUAUUCUAAACCAUGCCUUCAAUCCCUUUAUCUAUAGUUCUUGAUCCAUUUAUAAUCAAUUUACAAGAGAAAACUUAUCCAAGUUUGUUUGUAUUUAAUUUCCUUGCAAAUGUGGCUAAUAAUCCUAAUUUAACAACUAAAUCGUAAAUACAAAUGAUGGAUCUAUUAUCUAAAAUAGCUAUUUAUGAUACUUUGCAUUAUAGAAUAGCAUCAUAGAUAUUUCUCUAAAUGGUUACAAAUACCUAGAAUACACCAAGCACUCAAGAAUUUGUAUAAAAAUUUGUAAAAAUAAGUCUUGCUGUUUAUUUUUCUGUCUAUAAAAAGUCAGAUAAAAAAAAACCAAAUUAAUAAAUUGUGGACAAAUAGAGAAAAGCUUAAAUUAUUGAAGUACUAAAAAGCUUAGCUCAAAUUCAUAAUGAAAGUAUUAAUUAAGUAAUUAAAAUGAUGGCUGGUCAUACCAAUUUAUAAUUCAAAAUGAUAUCUAAAUAAAAUAAAGGUCUUUAAGUGCUUCUUUCUUUACUUGGUGAUAUCAAUGAAAUCAUGCAAUAAGUUGAAUUGGAGUAUUAGGAGGCUUAAACUAAUAAAUAAAUCUAUUCAGAAUCCUCUGUUAAAGAAGUACAACAGGUUUAAGAGAACUUGAAGAAGUUCUCCAAAAUUAAACUCACUAAGGAAGAACAGUAUCAUCUAGCAAAAUUGAGAAUGCCUAAAGAAACUGAUCCAAAAGUUAUUAAUGAUAUCUCAACCAUAAAAAAGUAGUAUCAAGAGAAGCAAAUGGAAAAAGAAAUAUCAAAGUUUACUUAAGAAGAGUAACUGAAGUUGAAAAAAGAGAAAUUGAGAAAGUAAUUAGAGAAAAGGUAAAUUGAAUAAGGAAUUGCAUCAUUGAAUCAAAAGGAUGUAACUGUGAAGUUGUUAUUUCCUGAUGGCAGCAGACAAACAGAGUUAGCUAAAGAGAAGAAACAUGGAUUAGUAACUUUUGAUUUAUUGGAUUUAAAUUUAGAAGAGGAAAUUGAAAAAUUAAUGGUUGAAUAGAUUCUAAGAAAAUAUACUAAAGUGUUUAGGCAUAUCUUUACUAAAUAUGCUAAUACUUGUUUGUAAGGAAUGAAAUAACCUAACUCCUUUGAUUAGUAUCAAUAGAGAACUGAAAGUAUAAAUAUUGCAGAAAUAAGCAAAUUUAUUCAUGAAUAUGAGAUCGCGAUUUCAGUUGAAAAUGUUCAAGCUCUGGCAAGGUAGGUAGGAACUCAAAUUCUACAUAACAAAACAGAAUUUAAAGAAUUUGAUUAAAUAGGGUUUAAUUAGUUUGUAAUUUAACUAUCCAUAGUUCUAUCUAAGCAUAAAUUGGCAGACAUACAACCAUAUUAAUGUUUAAUUAAGUUUAUCAAUCAUCUAAGAAAUGUGACUGCUUCUAAAGGAUAGAGUACUGCUUUAUUUGAUGAUCCAGAGACUUAAUAUUUUAUGGAGAAUGAUGUAAAUAUUAAUGACAACUUUAGAUUAUUAAAGAAUUCAAUUAAAGACUACUCAUAGAUCCAGAUUAUGAGUUGCCAUAAGGGUACAAGAAAGUCACAACUUUUGAGAUCCAAUUCUCCUAUGAGAUCCCUUUGCUUGACGAUAAUGUUCAUGUACCAUAUUAAAUUCUUAAUGACUUAUUGAGAGAUGCUUUGGGGUAAUUCAAUUAUGAAAUAUAUAGAAUCAAUAUUAUUGAACCAAUAUCCAAAAAAGUAAUGGUAUUUAAGGCUAAACCUGAUGCUUUUGGAUAUAUUUAAUCUAAAUUGUAAUAAGAGCCUGUUGAUGACUAAUUCAAAAUUAAGCAUAAAAAGACUAAGGAAGUGAAUGUAAGUUUACAAAAGAAAAAGGUUCUUGAAAUCGAACCAAAAAGAGAAUUAUCAUUGAAUAUGAAAUUGGCUAUUGCUAAAUGCAAUCUUAAAGACAAAUAUAUAGCUGAAAAUGUUGCAAAUCUGCUUGAUGAUAUGAUAUUUGCAAUAGAGCAUAAUAAAUCAUAAGCUACAAGAUAGAAUUAAAUUAUUAAUAGAGUUUUAGAAGAUAAAAAGUAAUAAUAAUUGGAAUAGGAAUUGUGGGAAUAGAAAAAAGAAUAAUUGAGAAAGUAAAGAGAAAAAGAAAUCAAGGAUAAAUUGAGAGAAGAGAGAGAAAAAUAGAAAUAAUUAUAAGAAUCAUUAGAAAAAGAAAGAUUAGAGAAAAACAAAACUGAAAAUAAUUUGAAGAAGGAAUAAUUAGAUAAACGGAUGAGUUACUUAACAGAAUAGAAACAAAAGGUAUAAAUAUAUUUAUACAAUGAAUAGAUUAAAGAAAAGAAUGAGAGGGAAAAGGAAGAACAAUUGAAAAGAAUUUUAGAAGAAAAGGAUAAAAAGGAAAAAGAAAUUUAAAUGAAGAAACAUAAUUUCUAAGAAUUCAAUUAAAAAUAAAUAACAAAAUUAAAAGAAAUAAUAACAUAAGGAUAGACCAAAAUACAAUAAUCUGAAAAAGAUAAAUAAGAUCAACUAAAAAAAUAAAAAUUACUCUUAGAAUAAGCCAGAUCAAAAAUAUUAACUCAAAAUUAAUCAAGAAUAUAAGAAUAAAAGAAUUUAGAAAAAGAUAUUGAGAAUAAUUUUAAAUCCACACCUUAUCAAAAAAUAAUAGAGAAAUAUUAGUUUGGAUUGAAUUCUCUAUUUUAAUUCUUAAUUAAAGAAACAUUUCUCCCUAUUGGUUAGCCAUCUUCGAGAGAACAAAUUACUUUUAAGACUUUUGCAUGGUUUACUGAUAGAUUUAAUCUAUGUCCUGAAAUUGUAUCUAAAGAUGAUGUUCUAUAACUUUUUAGAUAUUUAACUAGAUCCAAAGAGGUCAUUGAUGGUAUACCACCAGGAAUGAAUUAUGAUGAAUUUUUGCAGGCCUUACAUAGAAUCUCAAUCAAGGGAAGUGCAAUAUUUAACAAGGUUGCAGCAAAUGUUAAAUAAUAAAAAGGAAAACUUGAUAUUAAGACUAUUAAAUAAAUUGUGGAAGCCGAACAAAUAGGUGAUUAAGAACCACAUAGUCAAUCACCUAAGGCAGAGUCUAUUGUGAUAGAAACUCCUUUAAGAAAUAAAUCCAAAUCUAAUUAUCUUGAGUCAUCUAAGGUUUUGAAAGAAUAUUAAUUAUUUUUCCAAUAAUCAAAUGAAUAGACUUUUGAAUCAUUAAUUUUGUACUUGGAUGUUAGCAAUGAUAAAAAUUAAUUGGAUUAAAGAUUUAGAAAAACAUUAGAGGAAAGAAAAGUUCCAACUAAAUUGAGAAGAAAAAGUAUUUAUAAUUAUUAUUUUAGUUUUGACUGACAAACUAGGAAUUUAGAAUUGA